UAAAAUAUAAAAAAAUAGAAAUCAUAAUAUACACAUUAAUAUAAAGGGUAUUAACAACAAUAAUAUAAACCACAUUAUUUACAACAGUAAAUAUAAUAACAAAAUGAACAAGAAAAAGCUCUAGCUCAUAAACUCCUAAGUGUCCCAGAAGCCCCGCGAUGCGGAUUGGAACACAGCCCACGCCCCGCCUCCUGCAACGCCACCAGGGCUCUCCAGGUCCACAUCGGCACCGUAAACACGUCCGAGACUGUCGUAAAGCAGAGAGACGCUGUCGCGAAACAAGAGGGGAAAACUGUGAGAAAUAAAUAAAUAAGUCAAUAAAUAAAUAAAUAAAUAAAUAAAUAACGUAGAGUGGUAGGGAAGCAGCGGUAGAAGAAGGAGUAGAAAAGCAGCAGGAGGAAACCCUCAGCUCCCUUUGGCUGUAGUGAGCAGGGGGAUGAAGUGAGUAGCGAUAGUGGGCUAAUCAGGUUAGGAGUCUGCUGCAGGGCUUCAUGACGCUUCACGACAUUUAGAAGGUUUAUACACGAGGAAGGCAGUGGGGCAAAGUGGCAGCAGCUCGGAAGGGUUCGGAGCAGUCACCCGGGUGGAAGGAAACAUCCGGAAUUCCCAUCCUUCGUGUCUGCACUUCGUGUCUGGACUUCACACUGCUUCAUUAAAUAUCACACAUUUACACCACAAAGAAAGAGACGAUAAAGAGAGUGAGAGAUGAGCUUUUAACACCCAGAGGCACCGUCUCAUGAGAAGUUCGCCGCAGAGCUGCCCGGACCAUGCGGGAGCCACCCUGCCCACUUACCUCGUGAAUAUCCGUGCCUACAUGCUGGGAUCUCCCUCACACACACACACACCCCAGCGUGCACAAUGGCAUCGAACGAGCGACUGUACGAGGUGUGGAUGUUGUACUGCAACAAGAGGGAUCCUGACUAUCUGAAGCUGUGGUUGGAGAUUUUCAUCGGCUCGUAUGAUCGCAGUCUGGAUGUGGACUUUGAGAAACAGCCGAUCAGGGUGGAGGAUGUGCCCCCGGUCCUGUCUCUGCUCCCUGAUAACAUCCUGCAGGUUUUACGUGUCCAGCUGCUGCAGUGUGUUCAGAAAGCAUCGGUUGGCCUGGAGCAGGAACAGCAACACCUCGCUUUGCUGCUCCUCAAGUUCCUCAUCAUCACUUGCAGGAACCUGUCUAAUGUGGAGGAAAUCGGAACCUGCUCCUACAUCAAUCAAAUCAUCACCAUGACAACAGUCUACAUUCAGCAGUUGAAGAGUAAAACUAAAGAGAAGGAGCUGGUGGAUCAGACGCAGGCUGAGGAAUUUGUGCAACAUGCGCUGGCUUUCUGUGAGAGUCUGUAUGAUCCAUAUCACAACUGGAGACACCGCAUACACGGGCAGCAAAUCAGCACGGUGGAAAAGAGCAGACAGAAGUUUAAAGCAGCUCCUCUCACGGUUGAGUUUGUUCCUUUUUUCUACCAGUGUUUUCAGGAGAGUGAGCAUCUGAAGGACAGUCUGAAGUGUUGUCUCCUCCACCUAUUUGGCUCCAUAGUUGCAGGUGGACAGCGUAAUGCUCUCCUGGCCAUCUCCCCCGCCACCUUGGAGGUGUUGUUGGGCGUCCUGGGUGCUGGCGAGUGCACAGGUGAAGGGGAGGAGGGAGAGGAUUGGGACGGAGCCGGCCCAGACCGGAAGGCGGUGCUCACUCUGUGCUGUCUGAGGGAGGUGGUGCACAGCCUGCUGGCCAGCAGCUCAGAUCAAAGGCAGGUGGAGAUCAGCACCGUGCUUGACAGCUACUUUAAACUGCUCAACUAUGACCCCAACGCUGCCGGGCUCAAAGGUCACCCGGCUCCGUCUCGAUCCCACCAUUUUGAGAGUCGGUUGGUGGCGCUGCAGGUGAACAUGCUCGACACCAUACAGGACAUGUUCGAGUGUUCUGACCGGCCUGUUCUUCAAGCCAUCUUCCUCAACAGCAACUGUUUUGAGCACCUGACUCGUCUCUUACAGAACAGCAAGCUGGUAAAUGUUAGGUUCGCCGCAGCAGACAAAGAACAGAAAGAUUUAACCAACAGAUUACUGACAGGAGAGAUUGAAAGCCAGGUCUGUGAAGGCAGGUUGGACUCUCUCACGGUAGCGACGAUCAAAACCCUGACCACCAUGAUGCACAAAUCCCCAGCCGCCAAGGAAGUGUUCAAAGAGCGGAUCGGAUACACCCACCUGUCCGAGGUGCUCGUGUCUUUGGGACAGCCUUCCAGGAACCUCCUGAAGGAGCUCAUGAACAUGUCGGUGGAGGGAGAUCACUCAUCUGUAGGUUUUCUGGGGAUCAGUAACGUGGAGCCGCUCCUCCUCCUGAUUCGCUGGCUGCCGGAGCUCGAGUCGGCCGAGCUUCAGAUCUUCGCGGCCGAUCGCGUGAGGAGGAUCUGCGCCUUAAACCGGCGCACACGGGCCGCCUGCGUCAAUGCACGCAUGUCCGAGUGUAUUCUCUCAACCCUCGAGAGAGACGCCCACCUGCCUCGGGUGUGCGCCGAGAGCCUCCUGGCUCUUCUGGGCGCUUUGGGGGCGGAGUCUCUGAGCGGGGCCGAGCUCCAGCGGUAUCUGAGUCUCCUGAGGAACCCGGAGAACCGGCCUCAUCCUUACACCGAGCCUGUGCUGCGCUCGCUGCUGGCCAUGCUCCGGAAACACACGCUCCACAGCGCGACACACUAUUUCGAUUUGACGCCUCCCAUGGCAGGUAUCGCCGUUCCAACCAUUUCCAGGUGGCCAGGAUCCGCUUUCAGCUUCUUGGCCUGGCUGUCGUUGGAUCAGGACCAAUUGGAACCAGCUGGCAAGGGUGAAAAGAGGAAGCAGUUGUACAGUUUCUUCACGCCAGGAGGAACUGGGUUCGAGGCCUUCAUAAGCGCAUCCGGUUCUCUGGUGGUGGCGGUGUGCAGUAAAAAGGAAUACAUCGCGGUCACACUGCCUGAUUACUGCUUCUGUGACUCGCUGUGGCAUUACAUUGGUGUGGUACAUGUUCCUGGGAAGCGGCCGUUUGGACAGAGCCUUGUCUAUAUCUACGUAGAUGGGCAGCUCAAGUUGUCCGCACCUCUGAAGUACCCCAACAUGGCCGAGGUGUUCACGUCAUGCUGCAUCGGCUCAGCAGGUCAGCGCACCACCACCCCUCCUCCGUCUCAGAUUGCCGAUCCCCCUCCAUCCCGCACAUCCAUGUGGGGGGGAUUGUCCAGGAUGGCUCAGAUCUCCCCAGGGACGCAAGACAGCGAAUGGGGACGACCCACGUCUCUGCAGGGACACCUGAGCACUGUAAUGGUGUUCAGUGAAGCUCUGAACAACAACACCAUUAGAGCUCUUUACAACACAGGGCCGAACUGCAUUUCUCCCUUCAAAAGUCAGGAGGCGGAGCUUGGUGACCUCAGCACUAAACUCCUCCUACAUUAUUCACCGAAGGCCUGUAAGAACCCGAUCUGUACGGACCUGUCCCCUAAUCUACUGCACGGACGACUGACGGGGAAUAAAGUGAUGAACUGGGACGUCAAGGACAUCAUCAACUGUAUCGGAGGACUUCCUGUUCUUUUUCCGAUUUUGGAGCAGUUGACUUUUUGGACCCCUGAACACCACUGUGGCUCCUCAGGAUCAGAGAGUGUGACUCCUGAGUUGACCACACCCACUGAUGGGGAUUGGGUCAUACUGCCUUCCAACAGAGCCUCAGAGGCCCGACUGGAGAAGAAUCUUGCUGCGACCUUCCUGCUGGUAUUGAAACACUUCCUGCACAGACACACAAUAAACCAGGAGAUGCUGCUACACACACACGGCGUGUCCACCCUCGCUGCCCUGCUGCAGAAACUGCCGGCUUUUCUGGUGGAUGUGAGUGUGCUGGUCGCCGUACAGCUGCUGAUCGAGCAGGUGACCUUUGAGAAGAAUCCCCACCUCCUGCAACAGCUUCACACACACCUGCUGUUUAACUUCCACAUCUGGAACCAAGGAGACUUUCCCCUGCGCAUCGGUCACAUCCAGUACAUGUCCACCGUCAUCAAGGACAACAGGAAGCAUUUUAGGAAGAAAUAUGGAGUGCAGUUCCUGCUCGAUACGAUCCGCCUGUACUACAGUGGGAAUCGUGAAGCCGAUAUGAGCGAAGACGAUGUACGGACCAUCAGAGCAUCCCUUUGUGGCCUUCUCAAAUAUUACAUCAGCAGAGGCACGAGUCAAGAGGAGAUCCAAAGCGUUCUGGGAUACAUCUCUGCUAUCGGGGAUGAAGAGCAGUUGUGCAGUAUUUUGGAGCUACUGCUGAAUCUUCUCCAGAUGAGUGUAUCGCGCGAUCAGCUUUUCCUGCUGCUGUUCGAACCGGGAACGGCCGACUCCUGCUAUGCCCUGCUGCUCAAUCACAAAUACUCUGACCGUCUCAGAGAGCUUAUCUUCAAGCUGUUUGAGCGCAUGCUCAGGUGUGACCGCGUCUAUGAAAAGAGCAAGCAGCGACUGAGACUGCGAGAAGUGGGCUACUCUGGGCUCACGCUCCUUCUCCCGGACCUUCACAUCACCCCCACGCUCAUCAAGUGCCUCCUCAACCAAAUCCUCCACACAGACUCUGUGGUGAACUAUAAGGAUCUGAUGGCUCUGGUGCAGCUGACUCAUCGGGCUGAUCUGAGUGUUCGCAUGCUGGUCUGCAAGAGGUUAUGUUCCCUGGUACAGUCUCAGGCAGACGCAGCGUUGCAAAUAUCCCGUCAGGCCUGUUGGCAGGACACGCUGAUCCGUGUGUUGGUACGGAGCUGCAGCGGUGACUCCGGGUCGGGUUCGGGCCGGGCCGACUCGGCCAGCCUGGGCAGCAUCGGCUCGAGCCGCGCCGAACUUCCCGCUUGUGGAGAGAGUCUAGAGGAGAACGGAGAAGUGCUGUCUCUGUCUGAGACGCCCAGCGAGACGCCACAGAGGCGGGGGCUGAGUCUGGACCUGAGUCAAGUUCAUGCACUCGAGCAGGGAGACAGCGGGAGUCAGACGCCAUCACCGAUGGAGAACGCCAAACCUUUCCCUGGUACCGUCCCCGACCGAGAAACCACUUCCUGUUUGGGAGACGACAGCUUCCUGUUCAGCGAUAAUGUCUCUCUGGGAGAGUCCUUCAACAGCGCAGAGCCCACAGAGGAGGAGUUGGGGCGGAUGGUUUUGGAGAUGGUGCUGUGUGUGAUGUGGAAGGGCAUUCCUGGAUCUGAUGAUGCAGCCUGGUUGGAGAGGGGGCAGGUCUUCUCAGCUCUGACCAAACUGGGCACGGCUAACGAGCUCCUGCUGCCCGUAGACCACAUCAAACUCUGUCUGUUGGAACGGAUGCUGGAGCUCGCUGUGGGCGAUAACCGGGAGUGUGUGGCAGCCAUGUUGCCUGAGCACACAGAAAACGCAGUGCGCCUGCUGGACGUGGUGCAGGACUUCCUGCAGGCUGAAGGCUUGGUGAACCCGGCGCUGUGGAGCGAGAGGCUACUGGAGGACACGGUCACGCUGAUGGACGGUCUCAUGGUGUGGUACACUGCGGGUACACAGUGGCACCAACUCUCCCAGCUCGGCCUCAGGCUUUUACUCGGGUUUAUGGCUCAGCCUAACCCACAGGUGUGUGCCAUGGCAACGGCGAAGCUGAACGGAAUCUUGCAAAUGAAGACGGUGGAGUCUCAGGACGAGGCGUGUUUCCUGCUCGGCCGGGUCGAGUGCAUCCUCCAGAGCUCUCUCAGCCAGCAGAGGGAGGCAGACAAGGGAAAGAAGGAUGGAGAGGUUGAUGGAAAGAGAAGAGAAGAAGAGAUGUAUGCAUUCCUGGUCCCUCUGCUCCGAACUCUACUUUCUAAAGUGCACAAGCUGCUGUACAUGGAGCUGCAUCUUCCCUCUCUCCCGAACUGCAACGGAAGCCCUUCUUUCUUUGAGGACUUCCAGCUCUACUGCAGUUCACCUGAAUGGAGGGUGUACCUCGAUAAAUAUAUCAUCCCGUACAUGAAGCAGUACGAGAUCGAGACCUUCAGUCAGGGACAUGAGAAUAUGGCUUUGUACUGGAAGGACUGCUACGAAUCUUUUAUGAGGAACCUGCACCGGCGGGAGAGGGAGCGAGGAGAGAGCAAGAUCCGCUUUCAGGAUCAGUUUGUGGAGCCUUUCAGUCGACGAGCUCGUCAGGAGAACCUGAGGUACAACAGCAUGCUGAAGCAGAUGCACACGCAGAACAGCGCCAUUGUCAGGCAGUGGAAGGCAGCGCGGAGGUCUCUCCUGGGGGACAGAGGACCCUGGGCUUACAGGGAGCAACAGAAGAUGCACUGGAAGUUGUCGAGCGCAGAGAAUUACUCUCGUAUGCGUCUGAAGCUGGUGAGGAACUACAACUUCGACCUUCACAGAGAGGCUAGUGCUCUGAGAGACAAUCUGGGUGUGCAGCAUCAGCAGGUGAACACAGAGUCUUUGUUGUUGGAGGCUGUGAAGCAAGUAAAGGUCAGUGACCUCGAGGACGAAAUCCUGGAGCUUCCUGAGGAAGAUCCAAGUGGGAGCACACAGGAGGGGGAUGAGGAUGCGGGUCAGAAGGAGAAGUUGAUGAUGAUGGAGGACUGUGAGCUGGUCACUGUGGUGGAUGUUUUUCCUGGUCGGCUGGAGAUCACCAACCAGCACAUUUACUUUUAUGACAGCAGCACUGAGAAAGAGGAGGGUGUGGGUCAGGAUUUCAAAUGGCCUCUGUCUCAGAUCAGAGAGAUUCACCUGCGCAGGUACAACCUCCGGCGCUCAGCUCUCGAGAUCUUCCUCAUCGAUCAGACCAACUACUUCCUCAACUUCAACAAGGAGGUGCGUAAUAAAGUCUACAACCGGAUGCUGCUGCUCUGCUCUCUCUCUCUCCACGGCACUCGCUCGCCCCAGGAGCUCCUCAAAGCCUCUGGACUCACCCAGAAAUGGGUGAACAGGGAAAUCUCAAACUUCGACUACCUGAUGCAGCUGAACACCAUCGCAGGCAGAACCUACAACAAUCUGGCUCAGUAUCCUGUGUUCCCCUGGAUUCUGUCAGAUUACACCUCUGAAGAGUUGGACCUGUCUGACCCCCGAGUGUUUCGUGACCUCUCUAAACCUGUUGCUGUGCUGAACGAGAAAAACGCCAAAGCUGUUAAAGAAAAGUAUGAUAGUUUUGAAGACCCCACAGGGACCAUAGACCGCUUUCACUACGGCACUCAUUACUCAAACGCUGCAGGAGUGAUGCACUACCUAAUCCGAGUCGAACCCUUCACCUCCCUGCACAUCCAACUGCAGAGCGGCAGGUUUGACUGUGCAGACCGACAGUUUCACUCCAUCCCAGCCACAUGGCAGACGCUUAUGGACAACCCCAACGAUGUCAAAGAGCUCAUCCCUGAGUUCUUCUACUUCCCAGAGUUCCUGGAGAAUCAGAACGACUUUGAUCUGGGUCGUCUGCAGCUCUCUAAAGAGCGUGUGAAUAAUGUCAUUUUGCCCAAAUGGGCCAAAUCUCCAGAGGACUUCAUUUAUAAGCAUCGUAAAGCCCUGGAAUCAGAGUAUGUCUCCGCACACCUUCACGAGUGGAUCGAUCUGAUAUUCGGUUAUAAGCAGCGAGGCCCGGACGCAGUCGAGGCCCUCAACGUUUUCUACUACUGCACAUAUGAAGGUGCUGUAGAUCUGGACGCAAUCACAGAUGAGAAGGAGAGGAAAGCUCUAGAGGGAAUGAUCAGCAACUUCGGGCAGACGCCGUGCCAGCUGUUAAAGGAGCCUCAUCCUGUCCGUCUCACGCUGGAGGAGCUGGAGAAGAGGAAAUCCCGACUCGAGACGUGUCCACUUAACAUCUUCGAACACCUCACUGACCUCAAGUCGUUCUUCGUGGAGGGGAUCAGUGAUAACGUCCCCCUGGUGAAAGCAGCAGUCCCGAAGAAUCAGUCACACUCGUUCAUCUCUCAGGGCAGCCCGGACACGCUGGUGACUGUGAGUCAAACUUGCCUGAUAGGAACUCACGGCUGGCUCCCUUACGACAGAAACAUCUCCAACUACUUCACCUUCAUCAAAGACCCCACCGUGGCCAAUCAGAAGACGCAGAGGUUCGUCGCUGGGCCGUUCGCUCCCGAUGUGGACAUCUCCACCAAGCUGUUUGUCGUGUCUCAUGAUGGGAAACUUCUGUUCAGUGGAGGACACUGGGACAACAGUCUCCGAGUCACGUCACUGCUGAAAGGGAGGACAAUAGCGCAGCACCUCCGUCACAUGGACGUGAUUACCUGCUUGGCCACGGAUCACUGUGGGCUUCACCUGAUCUCCGGCUCCAGAGACACCACCUGUAUGGUGUGGCAGGUGCUGCAGCAGGGUGGGGCUCCGGUGGGUUUAAGCCCUAAACCAGUGCAGGUGCUGUACGGACACACAGACGAGAUAGUGAGUGUGUGUAUCAGUUCAGAGUUGGACAUGGCCGUCUCAGGAGCACAGGAUGGGACAGUGAUUAUCCACACAGUGAGGAGAGGACAGUACCUGCACUCACUGCGUCCCCCGUGUGAGAGCUCUCUGCCUGCGAGUGUCACACACCUGGCCAUGUCUUGGGAGGGUCAUGUGGUUGUGCACACCUGUGUGGAGGGCAAAGCCACACUAAAGGAUAAAAACACCCUGCACCUGUACUCAGUGAACGGGAAACACUUGUGCAGCGAGUCUCUGAAGGAGCAGGUGGCAGAUAUGUGUGUGUCCGGAGAGUUCAUCAUCACCGGCAGCGAACAGGGUUUUCUGUCCAUCCGAGACCUGUACAGCCUGGCCCUGUGUGUGUGUCCCAUGGCGAUGCGUGUGCCGAUCCGGUGUGUGUCGGUGCCGAAGGAGCAAUCUCACGUGCUGCUGGGGCUCCAGGAUGGAAAACUGAUAGUGGUGGGAGUGGGCAAACCAGCUGAGACACGUUCAGGUCAGAUCACGCGGAAGCUCUGGGGCACCAGCAAACGUAUGAAUCAGAUUUCCUCCGGAGAGACCGAGUAUCCCACCCAGGAGCCGAUCUGACUCCGCCCACCACCCUGCCAUCCACCAAUCAGGAUGGAGCGUGGAAGGGCGUGUAGUGUGUGAUGUGGUAUACAGUGUGUUCCACAGUCUCAGAUGAGUGUUUUGGACUGGCGCGGGCGCUGAUGUCCAGCUGGGUGUAGCGCAUUCGAUUAGUACACCAAAUCAUAGCUCUACAGUCUGUGUGUCUGUGUGUCUGUGUGUCUGUGUGUGUGUGUGUGUGUGUGUGUGUGUGUGUGUGUGUGUGUGUGUUAGAAAAAUUCCAUUUGCUUUUCACAAGCCUUGUGAUAUUUUAUUUUCCUUCACACACACACACACACACACACACAGAAUCCUAUUUUCAUCAACACCACUACAAUGUGUGUGUGUGUGUGUGUGUGUGUUUAAAAAAAAAUCCAUUUAAUUUCA